AUGCCGUGCGUUCUGCGUUCGUUCUUUCAGGGACGGCCCGGCCUCGACGGACAGAAAGGCGACAAGGGUAAUGGCGGUGAGAAGGGACACAGAGGCGAGUCGGGGCUGCCCGGCACUGACGGCAUUCCUGGCUUGAUGGGAGAUUCCGGUGCACAGGGCACGGCCGGAGUGAAAGGAGACCGCGGCAGGAGAGGAAAGAAGGGCGUGAAGGGCGACAAAGGAGAUCAGGGUGUGCCGGGACUGGACGCGCCUUGUCCGGUCGGACCGGACGGACUGCCGAUGCCGGGAUGCGGCUACCGCAUGCCUUACAACUGAUCGCCAUAGACACGCACUCUGCGCCAUUUGUAAAUAUUGAAUCGACCGGCUGCACGGGCGCCACCUGGGGACCGGCUACAGAAACUCCUGCAUCUUUGCGGCGCGCGCUCGCUGCGACGCCUAGCGGCCUUCAGGCUCCCGUGUACAGUGCAGCCAUCUUGGAAAUCUUUAUUAUUAUUUCCUCUGUCUGUCCGCUUGUCUGUCCGUCUGUCUUUCCAUGAGUCUGUCCAUCUUGUCGCUCUCGCAACUCUUGCAUUUAUUGCAUCUCAAUCCUUCACAUGUUUUGAUUGCCUAGCGCCGAGAGAGGGCGCCACCAGCAGUUGUAAGGUUUGGCAGCUGUGAGGUUAACAGAGAGAAAGAGAAGAGAAGAAAGAGAGAGGGGAAAAUAGAGGAGGAGAAGGAGAGAGGGGGA